GCUGAAAAACAAAGUCCCACUAAUAAAUCCUCUCUCUCAGAGUUUUUUCUUCUGCAAUUCUCACAUGUUCGGGAGCUGCAAAUUCUACACUUCAUUGUAUUCCUCAUUUUUUACCUGGCAGCAACAACAGGGAAUCUUCUCAUUGUCUCUGCAAUAGCCUCUGACUACCACUUGCAUACCCCUAUGUACUUUUUUCUGAUGAAUUUGGCCAUACAGGACUUGGGGCAAAUUUCAGUCAUUUUACCCAUCUCCAUGGCCAAUUCCCUUAGGAAUAACAGUCAUAUUUCUUAUUCUGGAUGUGUUACUCAAGUUCUGUUUAAUGUAUUUUUUAUAUCAUCUGAUUUCUUUCUUCUGACAGUCAUGGCGUAUGAUCGGUAUAUUGCCAUUUGCAAACCAUUACAGUAUGAGAUUAUGAUGAAUAAACAUGCCUGCCUUCAAAUGGUUACUGCUCUAUGGAUCAUUAGCUUCUUAUAUGGAGUGUUACACACUAUAGGCACCUUUGUAUCCCCCUUUUGUUCCAACAACGUGAACCAAUUUUUCUGUGAAAUCCCACACUUACUUAAACUAGCCUGCUCUGACUUGUAUCUGAUUGAAAUAGGUAUUCUUUUGUUGAGUGCAGUUGUUGCAACAGGCUGCUUUGUUUUCAUUGUUGUGAGUUAUAUGUACAUCUUGACUACAGUGAUGAGAUUUCCUGCUGGGCAGGGAAGGAAGAGAGCUUUCUCAACUUGCCUCCCGCACCUCACUGUAGUCUCUGUACUUGUAUUUACUUCAUAUCUAUCUUACUUUAAGCCUGUCUCAGAAUCCCCAUCAACCCUUGAUUUAUCACUGACCAUGAUAUAUACGAUGGUGCCACCCUUGAUCAAUCCACUCAUCUACAGUUUGAGAAAUAAGGAGAUCAAAAAUGCUCUGAAAAACCUGUUGGGCUUGAAAUCAGGAAUCAAUCUUCUUGGAGUUUUCUGGUCCCUGUGUGGCUUUCGGGUAGAGCUUGUUCCCAGUCUACAAGCAUAUACCUGGAACCAACCAGAGACUUUGGCUUUGAAACUUGUGUUCUGUCACUGA